AUGCCAGCUAGUGGUACCAUAAUACUGGGAUGUAUUAUUGGUGUUAUAUCUUCAGCAACCCAAUCAAUUGGGUUAACAUUACAAAGGAAAUCACAUUUAUUGGAAGAAAUCAAAUUAGACAAUCAUAGACCACCUUAUAAAAGACCUUUAUGGAGAGUAGGAUUCUUGUUAUUCUUAAUCGCAAAUUUAUUAGGUUCAUCAAUUCAAAUUACAACAUUACCUUUGAUUAUAUUAAGUCCCUUACAAGCAAUUGGAUUAGUUUUCAAUUCAAUAUGUUCUUCAAUCAUUUUACAUGAAGCUUUCACCCAACUGUCAAUAAUUGGAACAAUAUUGGUUGGAUUUGGAGCUUUAUUUAUUGCAGCUUUUGGAAGUAUAGCUGAACCAAAUCAUUCAUUAAAAGAAUUGUUGGAUUUAAUGCAAAGGAAACAAUUUGUUAGUUGGAUCAUUAUAAGUAAUACAAUUGUUGUUCUGAUAUUGAUCUGGAUAAAUGUUAUAAAAUUGAUACAUUCCAAAAAAUUUCAAAUUUUGCAUGAAAGGUCAUCGUCAUCAAAUAUAAUACGACCAAUGUUUGAUGUAUCAAUUGAUAAGUUUAGAUUUGUUAAAGGUUUACUGUAUGGUGUUAUCAGUGGUACAUUAUCUGCUCAUUCGUUAUUAUUAGCUAAAUCUGCAGUGGAGAUUAUAAUAAAUUCAAUUGUAAAGAAAAAUUACAAUAAUUUACAAAAUUUUAAAAGUUGGAUAAUAAUUUCAAGUUUUUUCAUAUUGGCUAUAACUCAAUUAAUUUUUUUAAACAAAGGUUUGAAAAACAUUUCCACUUCAAUUUUAUAUCCUUUAGUGUUUUGUAUUUAUAACAUUACAAACAUUAUAAAUGGAUUAGUUUUUUAUAAUCAAUUGAAAGUUUUAACAAAAUUUCAAUCAUUUAUGAUUAUAUUGGGGACUUUUUUAGUACUGCUAGGAGUUUUCGCUUUGAGUUGGAGACUAGAAGAAUUGGAUCCAAAAGAUCAUUCAACAGCUUUUUUGAAAAGAGGUUCUGUUUCAACUGAAAGAUCAGGUUUAUUAUCACCAAAUAUGAUUCAAACUAACCACCAAAUUGAUGGCUCUGGUGGGGAUUCUGAUCAAUAUGUUUCAUUUGGUUCACCAAAGGGAGAAUCUCCAAUCGUCAUUGAUGAAGAACCAGGUUAUAUAAGUACAGAUGAAUUUGAACCAAAUACAAGAUCACCAAUCAUAACUUCACCAUUCAAAUAUGGAAGUUUAAUGGAUAAUAAUCAAAGUGGGAUUGCAGGUUCAACUAAUCAAAAAAGAAGAAGUAGAAGAGUUUUAUCUUAUGAACAAAAUGAAUUAUUAAAUCAAUUAAAGAAAAUGCCAGAUGUUUGA